GCUACAAUUCGCGUCUAACAGCUCUAAUUAUUAUGUUUUGUGGUCAAAACAAACUAAUUCGUGCCAAGGAAACAUCCAAACUACAUUUUUGCAAUUAAUAAAAGCCGCACAGUUGGACUAUGGAGGAAAUAUGCAGAGUUUGCAUGGAAAACUCCGGACCAUUCACAAAUAUUUUUGAUGAAAGACCAACAUUGGAUACUUGUAUUGCUGACAUGAUAGCACAGUGCACCGGGUACGUGGUAAGGCGAGGCGAUUUACUACCAGAAAACAUAUGUCCGCCCUGCCUUGAGGAUGCUGUAAAUGCAUUCAAUCUUAUAAAAACAUGUGAGCAGAGCCAUACACUCUAUUUAACACUGAUGGAAGACGAUAGAGAAGAAGACAAUUUGGAAGGCGGGGAUUGGGAACCCUCAGAUAUUGAAAAUGAGCAAUCGAACCAAUUAGAAACCGAUGAAGAGAUACACCAAGUUAACAACAAUAAGACGGAUAUUAUGGACAGACCCUACAAAUGUUCCAGCUGCUCAAAAUCAUUUCGGCUAAAAUGCAACCUUCAAACACACACGCGUACUCACUCAGGAGAACGACCCUACCAAUGUUCCCACUGUUUGAUGUCUUUUACACAAAAAUCGAAUCUUGAAAGACACACCCGUACGCACAUGGGGAAUCCACCUUAUAAGUGCUCCCAGUGCUCCAUAUCAUUCAUAAAACUCGCCCAUCUUCAAAUACACAAACGUUCCCACACAGGUGAACGACCUUACCAGUGCUCUCACUGCCCGAUGUCAUUUACACAAAAUAUCAAACUUAAAGAGCACAUCCUUACACACACUGGUGAGCAACCGUAUAAGUGUUCUCUUUGCUCUAUGUCCUUUGCCCAAAACGAAAGUCUUAGAGUUCAUAUCCGUUUGCAUAAGAAUCAACGACCUUACCAAUGUCCUCACUGCUCCAAGUCAUUUUCCGUUAAAGGAACUCUACAGAUUCACAUCCGUACGCACACAGAUGAUCGACCCUACAAAUGCUCCGAAUGCUCAAAGUCAUUUCAACUAAAAUACACUCUUCAAACGCACACCCGUACGCACACAGGAGAACGACCAUACCAUUGUUCCCACUGUUCGAUGUCUUUUACACAAAAAUCAUGCCUUGAUAGACACACCCGUACUCACACAGAUAAACGAAGCUACGAAUGCUGCCAAUGUUUAAGGUCCUUCAAAGAAAAAUCCAGUCUUGAAAAACACAUCCUUAUUCACUCAGACGAACGAACAUACAAAUUUCCUGACUGCCCGCUGUCAAUUAGACCCCACCAGUGCUCUCACUGCUUUCAGUCGCUUACAAAAAAUUCCGAGAUCAACGAACACACCUGUAUUCACACUGUGGAGCUGCCGCACAAGUGUACACACUGCUCCAAGUCAUUUGCUCGAUCCGAUAGUCUCCGGAUUCAUAUCCGAUCGCACACGGGUGAACGACCUUACCAAUGUCCUCACUGCUACAAAUCGUUUAGCAAGGAAGAACCUCUACAUAUUCACAUUUGUACACACACGGGUGAACGACCAUACAAAUGCUCUCACUGCUCGCAGUCAUUUCAACAAAAAUCUCAUCUCCGAGAACACACCCGGAUUCACACUGGCGAACGACCGUUCAGGUGUUCUUACUGCUCAAAGUCUUUUAAACAAAAAUCAAAGCUUGAUAGACACACUCUUACUCACACAGGGGAACGACCCUACCAAUGCACUCAGUGCUCGAAGUCAUUUCAGGAAAAGUCGAAUCUCCAGGUACACCUCCGUUCUCACACAGGGGAGCGUCCUUAUAAGUGCAUCCACUGCUCAAAGACAUUUAGAUACAGAAACAAUAGCUACCAAAGACACAUACUUACUCACACAAGCAACGACAACUGUGCCAUUCCAUCACUCUUCGAGAUCACAGCCGUAAGAACGCUGAGAGAGGAUGAUACGAUCGCUCCUACUGCAGAACAAGAUCUUUAAGCGCUAUAUAUUUUUCAUAUUUUACGUAUUUUUUUACAUACAGAUCUUUUUGGACGAGAUUACUGACAAAAUUGAUCAAACAUUUUAUAUUUGAUGUUAAAUGUGUGGCCUUUAUAAACAGUUUUAAAUGUAAACUCUAAUAAAACAUUACAAAUAGGAUACAUUUAAGAAGACAUCUCAAUUUUAUGAAAUUCUUGCACUCUAAAAUAAGCUUUUUGAAAACCAUUUAUUUAUAUAGCCUAGCAGACGUUGAUUACUAACUGCACUUGGCGAAAAUAACUCAACUGCGCAUUCGUGAAGAAAAUAAAAAAGUAGUUAUAAGCUAUUUAUUUAUCUAAAAAAGUGUAGAAUACGAUUAACCCUACAUCAAAAUUUAAUGGCUGUAGCCAGGGCAAUAAGGCCUUCAGGCUAGCUCUUUUAUAUUGAAGUUAGUUUAUAAACCUUCGACAAAAGUCAUAAACUGUAUUUCACACUAAUAGACGAAGAUGAUGAAGAAGAGAUAUGUGAUAAUCUAAAAAAGACGAGGAUUGGGAACAGUCAGAUAGUGAAAGUGUGAAAUCGAACCAAUGGGAAAAUACAUCUAAAUGAUAAUACGGAUAAUAAAGAACUACUGGUGGGUGAUUCUGGGCUUGCAUAUGGUGGCCAGCUUCUGUUUCAGAAUGUACGAGUGCUACUCCUGUUCUGUACAAUCACGCAAAAUAAA